CGAUGUUGACUCAGUAAAUAUCACGGGCCAGCGGCCUAUCAAAUAAUUUCCUGUGUUUUAAGUCCCGGAAAGUACGAGUUUCUUUCUUUUCAAUCUUCAACCAAAAUCCAAGAUGAUUUCUAAAUGCUGAUGCCUACGAAACGCUGAGCGCUCGUUUACGAAGAAUACGCAAGAACAUCAGAACAUGUUUUGUUGCUCUGUAAACCCGCGUGAAGCAAGUGACGUUAUCCUCGAAGAAAAACAACCGACGAAAACUAUGCUGUUACAGGUUUUGAUUAUUAUUUAACACCCAGAUUGUUGCAAUUCGAACGAGCGAAAACCAUUAGGUGCACCAUAGGGGAAAUCCCACAUCCUACGCGCACUAAACAUGUACUGGUAACCUUUGCAUCAUUUUAUAUGGUCCAAGAAUUUCUGGGUGGAAACGAGUCGAUACCUCAGUCACAUGCAUUUAUGACCAGCACGUGCCAAGGGCUUGGCGAUUUGUAAACAGGAACAAACCAGUAGAUAUGUAGUGCCGGUGAUCGUGACUUAGUAGCCUGCAGACAGGAGAGGUAGACACCGAUCAAACGGCCCGAUUACACAAAGUGUCUACAGUAUAACCAGUCUACGCAUUCUUAGAAGUUUCUGAGGGGAAGUCAAUUUCAAUAUCAACUUCAAAGAUGACACCAAGCAAUGAAAGCCUUUCCAAUAUACUGAUAGGAAGGAUAUGCAUCAUCAAUACAUUACUUCAAGUUGUCCUUGCCAUAAUGUCCAUAUUGACCACAAUAGGAAACCUCCUGGUUAUUGUGACUAUUUAUAGGAACCCGCGCAGCGAACAAAGGACCGUUUCCAACUAUCUCGUGGUGAACCUUGCUGUUGCUGAUUUGAUGAUCGGUCUCUUGGGUGAAUUACUUUUAAUGAUCAGCUAUUCGGUGCCGAAAGAUGUUCAUGAGGAGUUAGCGUAUACUUUGAUGACCGCAGUUGGAAUGGUGCUCACCUCAGCACUUUGCCUUUCAAGUGGAACAAUCCUCUCUCUUACAAUAGAGAGAUACCUUUCCUUGCAGAUGCCACUAUGGCGAGAGAAGCUGUUUACUGGUUUACCUUUGAAGCGCCGAAUUUUUUUAAUUUGGAUUUUUGGUUUAGUUUUCGGCUUUUUUCCGAAUCUUUUUGGAAACGCGAAUAUGACAGAAUGGUUUCAUUGCGUGCUUUGUGAGUUUGUAACACUUGUUAUAAUCAUUUUGUACAUGCGCAUGUUCAUAAUCAUCCGAAAUUUCAACAAGCAUCUUCUAAUACAAGGAAUUCAACAGUCACUCGUGCAACCUGGACAUGAGUACAUUACAGCAAAAAGACGAGAACACUUAUUUGCCAAAGCCACCUUUCUAUUUGUUGGAGCAUAUGUAAUGUGUUACCUUCCUUAUGCUAUCACCAUUCACAUCAGUUUAUUCUAUGACAGCCUGUCAAUGGCAGGUACCCUAGAAAAUGGCUUAUUUGUACUUAUGCUGUUAAACUCCGCUCUCAAUCCAGUUUUGUACACAUUUACAAUGCCACAUUACCGACGCGAAGUUAAAAAGAUUCUUGAAAGCGUAAAGAGGUCCGUUUUGUCUCUUUGUAGUUAGAAUAUAUAAUUUUAUGGGCCUAGUUAUUCAAAGGCCGAUUAGCGCUAACCCAAUUUCAAUCAGGGUUUCUUUAUUCCUUUAUUCAAAAGCUUUUUUUUUUUUUGGAUAAGUUUAUCUAUUCUGUUUAAAGCAUUCAAUCACCAAAUUGUAAAAAAAAAAAAAUAAUUGUACUGAAUUCUUCUAAAUCCGUCAUAUGUGAAGUCAGAUUUCACGCUAACCCUUUGUUAGCUUACCCCAGCUUUGAACUAUGGACUUUGAACCAUGGGCUAUGGAGUUUAAUCCUUCGUUUUGGCUUUGGCCUCUUCUUUUUUUUUCUUUCCGAAUUAGGCUUAAUUCACGCUCUCUUCAUGAGAGAUCAAAACCAGUUAAGCCGCCUUCCCUACGAACGCCCUUUUCAAUGUUCACUAAAUUGAUAAAUGAUGUAUUUCAGUACAACCGACUUCAAAAUGAAGGUAAUCACUGAACGCGCUGCACGAAACCUAUCUCAAAAUCAUCUAGUUUGAGUUGGCAUCAGCACAAUGCUCUGGCCUAAAUCUAUUCAUUCCAAUACUGAACAUUGAAGCCCUUAAAAAGAGUUUUCGGUACAGAGGUGCAUGCUUUUACUUGGAACAGUCCUACAUACGAGGCUGAGCAGGCUAGUAGUUUAAACAAUUUUUAUGCAAUAAUAAAUUUGAGAAGAUU